GGGUAUAUAAUACCCAUCGAUCGGGUAGAAAUUUCAUCUCAAUUUCGAUCCGCCCGCCCUCAAGAGUCAAAUGCCACAGCGGAGCAGGAAGGUGGUUUCCCAGAACCUGACCAUGGGGUAGGACUGUAGGGCGAUCGAUCUUCUUCGUCUUCUUCCCGAAAGUCCCAAUGUUUCUUUGAUCGAUCUGUCUCACCAUUUAUUGAAUUGGUGAUUCCUUCUAUAGGUUUUAGGGUUGUCCGGAUUUGGGUGUUAGGGUUGAUUAGUUUAUCCGGUUGAGAUGCUUUUUUGAUGAUAUAAUACUGCAAUUGGUAUUUAGGAGUAAUCUGUGAGGAGGAAGGGGAAUCUAGAAAUCCAUAGCAUUAUAUAGACCACAAUGUCGACUGCAAGUGUUGCACUAAGCCCCGUGCCUGAGCCGUGCGGUGUGGGCCCACGGGAGAUGCAGUUAAACGAAUCUAUUCUGAUUUACCUAACUGUUGGUGGGACUUUGAUCCCAAUGCACAUUCUUGGAUCAGAUUCGAUUGCUUCAGUGAAACUUAGGAUCCAGAGGUACAACGGGUUCUUUGUGAAGAAACACAGGCUUGUAUAUGAAGGAAAAGAGUUGGCCCGAAACAAUUCCUUAGUGCGUGACUAUGGUGUCACUGAGGGCAAUGCACUGCAUUUGGUUCUCAGACUUUCUGACAUUCAAGCAAUCACUGUUCAAACUGUUUGUGGGAAGGUUUUUGAGUUCCAUGUGGAUAGAAAGAGAAACGUGGGCUAUGUGAAGCAGAGGGUUGCUAAGAAGUUGGAGGGACAGUUUGAUCUUGAAGAUCAAGAAUUGAUCUGUGAUGGUGAGGAGCUUGAAGAUCAGACGGUUAUAGAUGACGUUUGUAGAACUAAUGACGAUGCUGUUCUUCACUUGUUGGUGCGUAGAUCAGCUAAAGUUAGGGCUAAACCUGUCCAGAAAGAUUAUGAAGUUUCUAUUAUUGCUCCUGAACCAGAUGGUGAUGUUCUCUCUGUGAAAUCUCUGGAAAAAGUUUUCAUCUUGGAACCGCUGACUAUUAACCCGGAGUUCCCGCUAACCCCAGAAAUCAAGAAUCUAAUUAGUGCCACUUUUGAGGGUUUAAAGAUGGGAAAAGAACCAAUUAGGUCAACCGAGGGAACGGGAGGUGCAUAUUUUAUGCAAGAUUCAUAUGGUCAAAGGUACGUCGCUGUGUUCAAACCAAUUGAUGAAGAGCCAAUGGCAGCUAACAAUCCUCGCGGGCUUCCUUUGUCUACAAACGGUGAAGGGUUGAAGAAGGGGACACGCGUAGGGGAAGGGGCGGUGAGGGAAGUUGCAGCCUACAUUUUGGAUCACCCAAGAGCGGGCCCACGCUCAAAGUCUAGCAAUGAGAAGGGCUUUGCAGGGGUACCCCCCACAGCAAUGGUCCAAUGUCUUCAUGAUGGGUUUAACUAUUCGGAUGAUGGGUAUCAGUAUUCCUGCAAGAAGGUCAAAAUCGGAUCUUUACAAAUGUUUGUUGAGAAUUCCGGAAGCUGUGAGGAUAUGGGUCCCAGUGCUUUCCCGGUGGAGGAUGUGCACAGAAUCUCAGUGCUUGACAUUAGGCUGGCCAACGCAGACAGGCACGCUGGGAACAUUUUGGUGGUCCGUAACGAAAAAAGGGAAACGUUCCUUGUUCCAAUCGAUCACGGUUACUGCUUGCCAGAAAGUUUGGAAGAUUGCACAUUCGACUGGCUUUACUGGCCUCAAGCAAAGCAACCAUAUUCUCCUGAGACAAUUGCCUACAUAAACACGCUUGACGCCGAGGCAGACAUUGACCUUCUCAGGUCUCACGGAUGGAACCUUCCGGAAGAAUGUGCUCGCAUUCUCCGCGUCUCCACCAUGCUUCUGAAGAAAGGCGCAGAGAGAGGGCUGACCGCGUUUGACAUUGGCAGCAUGAUGUGUAGGGAGACGAUAAGAAAGAAAUCUUUGGUUGAAAAGAUUCUGGAAGAGGCUCAAGAAUCUGUUCUACCAGAGACAAGCGAAGCUGCUUUUGUUGGUUCUGUUUCUUCCAUCAUGGAUCGGCACCUCGACGAGCUGUCAGAUUCGUGCAAGUAAAUAGAAACCAUGCUCCAUAUAUAUGAUAUGAUAUGGAUGUAAAAUCAUGUUGAAGAUGAUGUGUUGAUGGUCAUUUCCUAGCUCUGCAAAAAGCCAGUUAAUACUCUUUGCAAGAGAGGUUUGAUGGACUUUGUGAGUUUGGAAUAUGUAUCAUUUCCAGGGUGUUUAUAUAUAUACUUAAAAAAAUUGUGGACUUGAAUUAAAUAAAACUUGGUGUUCUAA